AUGGCGGCUGGCAGCAGCGGCGGCAGCUCCGGGGAGAUCGCUUUCCUGGAAGCUUUAACUAGAUCAGAAUCUAAGAGAGAUGGAGGUUUUAAAAAUAAUUGGAGCUUUGAUCAUGGAGAAGAAAGUGAAGGAGAUACAGAUAAAGAUGAGGCAAAUCUACUCAGUAUAGAUGAAGAUGAGGAUUCUGAUACCUCAAAAGGAAAAAAGUUAAUUCGUCAAUCUGAAAUUGUUGCUACUGGUUCUGGUGAUUCUUGGAAGAUAUAUGCAAGACGAAACAAGUCUGAUAAUUUUAAACCUUUAAAGGGCAACCCAAUUGGACUUAACAUGUUGAGCAACAAAAAGAAGUUGAGUGAAAAUACACAGAAUUCAUCAUUACGUUCUGGAACUGUUAUUGAUGGUAGAUGUUUUCAUCAUGCUAAUGCACAGAUACCAGUUGUAAAAACAGCAGCUCAAAGGAAAGAAUAUCCACCUCAUGUCCAAAAAUUUGAAAAUAAUCCUGUAAGGUUAAGUUGGCCCCAAGGUGUUGAUCCUAUAAUGAAGAAAACAGAAGAAUCUGAAUCAUAUUUGGAGUCUGAAAUUAAAAGGAAAGUAUCACAGAAACGUCAUAAUUCAUAUCUCUCUGCUACUCCUGUGUCCCCUGCCUCAAAAAAAUCUUCAACUGAUUUAGAGGAUUUGCCCAGAAGUUGCAGACCAGCUACAGCUUUGAAUGAAUCAAUUGGUCCGUUAUUGAGAACAUCAAAUCAUCAGAAUUCUGGAGGACAGAAGUCACAAAGCACAGCAUUAACACCCAACAAGUUUUAUGGCAACAGUGUGGGAAAGGUUCCAAUUGAUAUUAUUGUAAAUUGUGAUAGACAGAAUUAUUUACAGGCUAAUGGGAAAGUCGUUUUAUCUAGGGCUAAAGGCGUCAAGACCACAAAUCUAAAAGAAAGGAAAAUAAGCUUGUCAGACCUGAAUGAUCCAAUCAUUUUGUCCAGUGAUGAUGAUGAUGACAAUGACAGGACUAACAGAAGAGAGAGCAUAUCUCCUCAACCUGCUGACUCAGCAUGUUCUUCCCCAGCACCAUCCACUGGAAAUGUAGAAGCAGCACUAAGUGAAAAUACCAGUAGAGUAGAGCAUGAACUAAGAAGCAUUCCAGCAGAUUCAGAAUUAAAUACAGUUCCAUUGCCAAGAAAAGCAAGAAUGAAAGAUCAGUUUGGUAAUUCUAUUAUCAACACACCUCUGAAACGUCGCAAGGUGAUUGCUCAAGAAACUUUAGUUGAUCCUGUAUCUUUAAACUGCCCAACUUCCUAUGGCAGUGUCAUUUUAAACUGUCGAAGUAUACGAGUAGGGACACUCUUUCGGCUAUUAGUAGAACCUGUAAUUUUUUGUUUAGAUAUUAUCAAGAUACCAAUUGAAGAAGCAGAAGCUGAUCCAGUAGGCUUUUCUUUAAAUACCUCUGAUCUAACUAAAUGUGAAUGGUGUAAUGUUCGCAAAUUACCAGUAGUAUUUCUUCAGACGACACCACCAGUUUAUGAGAAACUGAGCAUGCUGAUGCAAAUGAGUAUGAAUGAAAAUCUUUGGACUCAUUGUAAAAGAAUGCAUAAGUUAACAAAUUUGGAAGAACAGUAUAUAAUUUUAAUUUUUCAAAAUGCCCUUGAUGCUCAAGCAAGUAUGGUAUUUGAAAGUAUCGUUACUGAAAUUGCUGUAAAAAACAAUGUAUCCAAUUUUUUUGCAAAAAUUCCCUUUGAAGAAGCUAAUAGUAGACUUGUUGCCUGUACAAGAACCUAUGAAGAGAGGAUCAAAGGAAGUUGUGUUCAAAAAGAAAACAAAAUUAAAAAUGUGCCCAUGGAAUCUAGAGUACAACUUAGAAGCAAACAAUUUCAGUUUUUUGAUGAUGAUGAUGAUGAAACUGGAGAGAGUCACACCAUCUUUAUGGGUCCUGUAGAAAAGUUGAUAGUAUAUCCACCACCUCCAGCUAAGGGAGGCAUCUCCGUUACUAAUGAGGACCUGCACUGUCUAAGUGAAGGAGAAUUUUUAAAUGAUGUUAUUAUAGACUUUUAUUUGAAAUAUUUGGUGCUUGAAAAACUGAAGAGAGAAGAUGCUGACCGAAUUCAUAUAUUCAGUUCUUUUUUCUACAAACGCCUUAAUCAGAGAGAGAGGAGAAAUCCCAAUGAAACAACUCAUCUAUCAAUACAGCAAAGGCGGCAUGCGAGAGUAAAAACAUGGACCCGACAUGUAGAUAUUUUUGAGAAGGAUUUUAUUUUUGUACCCCUUAAUGAAGCUGCACAUUGGUUUUUGGCUGUUGUUUGUUUCCCUGGUUUGGACAAACCAAAGUUUGAACCUAAUCCUCAUUACCAUGAAAAUACAGCCAUGCAAACAUGUUCAACUGUAGAGGAUAGUUGUAUUCCUACUCCUUCAACCAGUGAAAUGGAAAGUAGUUCACAAAACUCUUCUGCCAAGCCUAUAUUUAAGAAGAUGUUAAACAAAAAGCAUUGCACAGCUGUAAAUGAUUCAAGUGCUGAACAGGAAGAAAGUGACCCUCAUUAUCGGAGAAACAUAGGCAGUCUGCAAAACAUAAAUCAUACUGCAAGUGAAAAUGAAGAAUCAAAUAAUGGAGAAUCUGCACGCCAGUCAAUUGUUGAUAGGAUUAAUAGUGAGAAUGGCCUACAGAAUGAAUAUUUAAGUUCUGUGCACCAUACAGAUGGUUUAAGCAAAAUCAGACUGAACUAUAGUGAUGAAUCAGCUGAAGCUGGUAGACUGCUUGAAGAUGAGCUUAUUGACUUUUCAGAAGAUCAGGAUAACCAGGAUGACAGUAGUGAUGAUGGAUUCCUCACCGAUGACAAUUGCAAUUCAGAAAUAGGACAGUGGCAUUUAAAGCCUACUAUCUGUAAACAACCUUGUAUCCUACUGAUGGACUCACUCAGAGGCCCUUCUCGAUCAAAUGUUGUAAAAAUUCUAAGAGAGUAUUUGGAAGUGGAAUGGGAAGUUAAAAAAGGAACCAAAAGAAGUUUUUCCAAAGAUGUCAUGAAAGGCUCUAAUCCAAAAGUACCCCAACAAAAUAACUUCAGUGAUUGUGGUGUAUAUGUAUUGCAGUAUGUAGAGAGCUUUUUUGAGAAUCCACUUAUCAAUUUUGAACUACCUAUGAAUUUGGCAAACUGGUUCUCUCCCCCAAGAAUGAGAACAAAAAGAGAGGAAAUUAAAAACAUAAUUCUAAAGCUGCAGGAAAACCAGAGUAAAGAGAAAAAGAAGUAUCAGGACCCGUACUCAACAGACACAUCUUUGGAUGAAGGGACAGAACAAAGUAUCGACAGUAUCUCGGAUUGA